CUACCAACAGGGUGCGUGGCUGUGCUAUUGCCACUGAUCGAAUCAAACACUCAAAAACUACCAUGAAUUUUCAUCCUCAAUUGCAAAUGAACCUUGGGAUCCAGCAAGGAGAACAACAGGGAUGGGACCAUCUUGUUUAUAGAUCUCUCUACGAAGACAUGAUCCUCACAAGAACUAUGGCGGAAAGCUUGCUCCAUGACACCGCCGCAUUUGUACAACCUUCAAGCACGACGCCCUUCCUUCUAUCCCUGAAUUCACAGCAAAUUAAUUCGUCGAUGUUGGCAAGGAGGGCCGCUCUAAUGUUGUCGGAGCCUUCGAUGCCUUCAAGGAAUGCUAGAAGUCCGAAUCAGGACAUUGAUGCCUCCAACGUGAUAUCCUCACUCAUUGCUCGUUCGGAGUCCGCUUGGCAGAAAUACAUAGAGGAAAACGAACGUUUCGCAAAGCAAAAGGAAGAAGACGCUGCUUGGAUGCAAAUCUUCCGCGACCAGAUCGCAUCGAACUCACAGCCCCACAGAGAAAUUGCCGCUCUUCAAAACAGGAUCGCACAACAGCAUUCCCAGCACAACGAGAGGAGAGUCGAUCUUCGAUGCAGCACAAACGAAGACAGAGACAACGCCUUGUGGGUGCACAUGUUCAGGGGGCUUCUUGAGUACAAGAGGGAACACGCAGAAUCGACAGUUGUCCCAAGAAAGUACGUCGACCGCCAUGGCCGAAAGCUCGGGCGCUGGGUUGACGAACAACGCAGGCGCAAGAGAGCGGGAAAAAUACGGACGGACCGCGUGGAAUACCUCGAGUCCGUCGGUUUCGCCUGGGACGGGAGAAAAGCCUUUCAGGAACAUGCGUGGAACACCAUGUACCAACGACUACUAUCCUACAAGAAGAAUCAUGGAGGAUCCACCGUGGUUCCGCAAGAAUACGCAUCGGAUCCCAAGCUCGGGCUAUGGGUGCACGACCAGCGCAAAAAGAUGAAAACGGGCAAGCUCUCGGAAGAUCGGAUCUCCGCCCUCAACUCGAUCGGCUUUACUUGGGAGAUCCGACAAGCUCGAAACGAAAUAAAGGACAAUAGCGGCUCCACGGCACAAACACGGAUCCCCAACUGCCAUCCCUCCGAGGUCCUCACAAAAGAGGCCAAUCACGGCUCCACUGAACAAACACGGAUUGCCAACUUCGAAACCUCCGAACUCCUCGCAAAAACCACCGAGCUGAUAGAUCUCUAUCGAGCGACAACUUCGGGAUUAGCUUACACCGAUGGAUAUCUUGGAUAUUUACCGCCUCGAACCCACAGGUGAGGCUUUGCGGUAGUAUUUGAAAUUAUCGGAUUUCUUUUGAAAAAUGUACAUACCGUAUGUAAUUCUAAUAUUAAUGAGGAUACCUUCCGAGUGACAAUCAAGAUAGCAAUGACCC